CGUGAUUGAUGAUUGCGCUACGCGUGAGUACGUGGUGCUAUCAUCGGUGGGUUAGGAUCAGUAGGAAAUCGUCGAAAGAUUUUUUUAAGGAGUUUGUGAUUGUUUUGAAUAUUUCACACGGAAUCUGUACUUAUGAAUGGCCGAUGGAUCAGCACACGAAAAAGAAUCGUUGUGCAUUCGAGUAUCGUAAACACAGCAACAUUUUAAAGAGAGAAACGAAGACAGUAGUAAAUGAGGUGCAGUAAUUAAAAAAUAUGGCAGAUUUUAAGAUCUUAAAUAUAAAAUAUUUAUAUAAAAUUAUGAAGUAUGAAAUUAAAUUUAAAACAAUCGCCGGUAAUCAGCGAAACGAAAACUAACAAGGAUGAGCCAUGCGAAGGUACAAAAAGAUUAUCGUAGGCAUAGUGAAGUCCGUUAUAGAAAAAUAGGAAAGAGAAAUUUGCCACCGAAUAAAAUGGUGGGAUUGGGCAGCGACGAGUUGUUUAUUUCAAACAUUGUCGAUGUGAACAACAUGGAAUUGGAAAUUAGCUCCGAAGAUGAGAGUGACGAAAACGAGAGUGAUAUAAGACGGCUGAUACCGUCGCCGGUGGAUAACGAGAGCGUCAAUUAUAACGGCGGAAAAAGGGAUAAUCAGAGGGAUGAAACGGAAAACGUAGACGACGAAAACGUCUGGUCUAUAUCCAUCCAGAUGUUCAUACCUUUCUUGCUUGCUGGUUUUGGCAUGGUCGCAGCCAGUUUGCUACUAGAUGUGGUGCAGCAUUGGCCAGUGUACCAGGUGGUAUCCGAGGUAUACAUAUUAGUUCCUGCAUUAUUGGGCUUGAAGGGAAAUUUGGAGAUGACAUUGGCCUCUAGGCUGUCGACUCAGGCUAAUUUAGGACAAAUGGAUACAAAAAAACAGCAAUGGACGUUAAUUGUUGGUAAUUUAGCCUUAAUCCAGUGUCAAGCUAUGGUGGUAGGCUUGCUGGCAUCCUUGGCUGCUGUUAUCCUUGGUUGGGUUCCGGAGGCUCACUUUGACAUACAUCACGGACUCUUACUGUGCGCCAGUGCCUUGGUCACCGCUUCCGUAGCCAGCUUUCUACUUGGCCUCGUGAUGGUUGCGGUCAUACUACUGUCACGACAAAUGAAUAUCAAUCCUGACAACGUUGCCACCCCAAUCGCGGCCUCUUUAGGGGAUUUAACUACUUUAGCUCUUUUAUCCUGGAUCGCUUCUUUAUUAUACAAUGCAAUAGGUUAUGCUCCAUGGAUAGCCCCAACAUUAAUAGCAUUUUGUGUAUUUGUAACUCCCAUAUGGGGUUACAUAGCAGCUAGAAAUCCAUUUACUAAGGAAGUAUUGGAUUAUGGCUGGACGCCUGUGAUAUCCGCAAUGUUAAUCAGCAGUCUUGGUGGACUGAUUUUGGACUAUACCAUAUCCAGUUACAAGGGCAUAGCGGUUUUUCAAUUAGUAAUUAAUGGCGUUGGGGGAAACUUGGUCGCUGUUCAGGCCAGUAGAAUAUCGACGUCUUUGCAUAAAGAUUACAAUACGGGUGUUCAAGGAACUCUCAACGUUUGCAUUAGUCCAUUCCAUGCGUUUUUCGCUAAAGGAGGACACGCGAGGACGGCUAGAGUAUUACUAAUGAUGGUGAUACCGGGACAUUUGAUCUUUAGUUAUACCAUUAGUUACCUUCAAGCAGGACAUACCUCGUUUACUCCUAUAUUUAUUACGAUAUAUUUGAUUGCUGCAAUGUUACAGGUCGUUUUAUUGUUGUACAUUGCACAAAUGAUGGUUGUUUGGAUGUGGACGCGAGGUAUGGACCCAGACAGUUCCGCAAUACCAUACUUAACAGCGGCUGGUGAUCUUAUAGGAACUGCACUUCUCGGAAUUGCUUUCCAUAUUCUUUAUGCUAUAGGCGACGGCGAUUCUGAUGUAGGAGAUUGAUUGGUCCGAAAAUUCGUGCAAUACUCUGAAUUUUUCGUAAUCUUACAGGUUAUAGUCUUCAAAACCAUUUUUAAAAAGUGAAUACGGUAAGAAGUUUGAUUUGAACUUACAAUGUUUGCAAUGCCGCAGCGUCGAUUGUGAUUCGAUAUCGAUUAUCAGUGACACUUUCAUUACAGUGAGUUUUACUUUUGAAAUAAAACUAGAUACAAAAUUACUUGACAUCUCUUUGUAUAGAGAGUAUGUUAAGAGUACAAAUUAAAUUAAGUAUAUAUUUAUUAGAACUAUAUUGGACGCAAGAAAGAAAGAUGCAGUAUUAAUAAUAUUGAUACCACUUUGUCAAAUUACGUUCUAACAAAAUCACGAAAAUUAAAAUAAACAAAUAACGACAAAUCUUGAAAUAAAAGUGUGGUAUGUAUGUUAAUAUAUACCAUGAGCCAAUUGUAAAUAAAUGCAUAUAUUCCUAUAUUUUAUGCUAUAUAUAUAUUCAAAAGUAUUGUCAUAUAAUAUUUU